GCGGAAAACGUGCUCUGACGCCGAUAUUGAACUCGAAAGGUGGAUCACAGAAGAUAAUGGAGACGACGCUACAGGACAUCAUGAUCAUCUCGAAACCGACGACUUGUUUUUGGAAAGCGUGAGGGCGCGAUCAGCUCGCAAACUGCGCGACAGCUUGCGAAAAAUGCCAUCACCUGGGGAUUUGCUUCGACCAGAAAGCAAUUACAGCACAAAAUCCGUGAGAUUGAGAACGACGUCAACACCUUCCUCAUCACGACCCGCAUCGGGUCACUUUGUUCCCGGUGGUAGCCAGAGUGGUGGUGAUCACCGUCAUGUGGGAGAGACACUAGGAGGAGGCGAAACAAACAGGACCUUACUCAGCCCUUUCUUCAAUAAUGAGAGGACAAUGAUGCAGUCGGUGAAAAACCGAAGACAGAGUUCGUCCAGCGUUCCGGGUUUAGAAGAGAUGAAGAGGCCGCCAACACUUUUGAGUAGUGCAUCUCCAGAACCACAAACAAUUAGCAGCAUACCCACGUCCACGUUUUUCCUAAGAGCAGGACCAGGAGGUACAACAGAAGAGAAAGACCUCUUCAAAAACGGCGUCUCAUCAACAACUCCUGGAUCCAAACCACGCAGCAAAUCAAUGUCAACGACCGACGGAGUGGCUUUUCUGACUGGUGCUCAACACCAACUAGAUCCACAUGCGUCUAGCGCGACCGCUUCUCAAAAGCCGAAUAGUGAUGGUCAGCAGAAGCACCAUGUGACAUCAAGUACUAAUGCUAGUCGGAAGAACAGCACGUCUUCUGGCUCAUCAGAUGCAAACUUGGGAGGCAAGCUUUUCGAAACUGGAGCCGCCAUUCUUCGUCGGCUGCAGAACGAUCAAACAGCGGUGGCGCUGGAGGCUCAGACAGAGAGACUACAGAGUGCUCUUGCUUGCAGCGAGGAAGAAGCUUAUCAACUGCGCCAAGAGGCGGCGGCAUCGCGACGGGCUCAGACUACACAAAUCGCUGAAUUCGCAGAGGAGCGUGAGCGUAUGCAAGCAAAAUAUCAAGUCGAGAUCGAAACACUUCGCGCUCAGACAGAUGCAGCAAACCUCUUGCAUGAGAGUAAGAUCCCGUCACGAUGAUCAUGAUGAUGACGAUGAUGAUUUUUCUUGGUAGAUUUGGAGUAAUUCUUUGUCUUCCAAGAACCAAUAGAACUCAAGAACUGCUAGAAUCUCAGCACCAGGCAGGCUGUUCAUUCUCAUGUGGAAGAACCGUGCUUAGUCGAAAUUGUCUACUGCAAAAAGUUAACUUCGUACCAAAUUCUCACAACACCAGAGGAUGUGCGUCAGUUGCGACUACUUGUCGCGGACGCUGAACGUCGAAAAGCCGAGAUUGAGUCCAAUCUAAGAACGCAACAAGCGCGUUUCCAGUCUGAGCUGGCCGACGUUCAGCAAAAGCUGAAGAGUGCGGAACAACAGCAAGCCACUCAGAGCCAGCAAGGGUCGGACUCAGGCGGUGCGUUGAAGACUCGAUGCACCCUAAAUGAACAGGGGAUAGACGUGGAAAAACGUAUAGCUAACGCUGGAGACGUUGCGCUACUGCGCGAGGAGUUAGCCGUGGCGCAGGCAGAGAGUGUUCGUCUACGCUGUGCUUUGGAUGAGCAGGCAAGUGCAGAAAGUGUGGAAAUCAAGGCCAUGCAAAGCAUGGUCGGUCGCCUGGAGAAAGAACUUACGCUUGAGCGUGAACGAACAACAAGGGCGCGAGCGGAGCUGGAUCAGCACAAGAAAGCACGGGACUCACUAAUGCAUGUACAUCAUGUUCGAACCGAGGAGGGCGUUCCCAGGAUUUCGGCGAAACAGAAUGCAGAAGAUGAUCAAGAACAGGAUAUUGCCUCAUCAUCAUCGUCGCCUAGCACUUCGUCGCGGAGAACCACUUUAAGCAAAGACAAAGAGCAAGCUGCGUCUCAUGCUUCCGAAACAGUAGCCGGCAGUCCAUGGUCCGAAGAACGGGCAGAUUUGAUAAGGCGACUGCAGGAACUGAGAGGAAAGUCUGAUGCCGCGCAGAGCCUGUGUGAGGCAGAGAAAGCUGCGAGCGUCCGUGCAGACGAAGUGCGCAAACUGAAAGACGCGCACGCAGUUGAAAUACAGUUGUUGCGAGACAAGAUCCAGAGCCUUAAAUUUGACUUGUCUUCGGUGAGCGAGCACGAGGCAGCGAGCGCGCGUCGCGCGGCGGCUGAGUUGCUUGUGGCGCGAAAGGAGGCAGAACAAGCUCAGAAAGCCGCAGAGGUGCUGCGUGCGGAGGUAGAAUCCUUGAAAGAGGAGCUGGCGCGAACGGCGGAAUCGAAGAAAGAAAGUGAGCUUCAGGCGACAGAGCAUUUGGAGAAGAUAAUUGAGGAGGUUCGUGAAACAACAAAAGUUGAAUACGCGUCCCGAAUCCACCGCCUAGAGCGGGAAGUGCAGCAAGCGCAUACUGAGGCCACAACGGCGAAAGGCGAUGCUACGCGUGCUCACGCCGCACUCUCGGAUUUGGCGGUUAAUGAAGAGGCUCGAGCAGAGCAAACAAAAGCGUGCCUCGUGGCGAAGCACGCAGAGGCACUACAGGAGCAAAAGCGGCGAUUCCAGCAACAGGCGACUGAACUGGAAAACCAGAGGGCAGAGGGAGCAGCCCGUCUUCUCGAAGAGAACAGAGAGACAAUCGAGCAGUUGCAGACAAGACUGGACGAGGAACGAAAGAAAGUGGACGUUUUAGUUCGGAAACAAAUUGAAGAUGCAGAAAUUGCAAGCCUGUGUGAAGAAGAGCUGCGGAAACAGGUAGAACUCAGCGCAUAUGAAUCUUGAAACUUUGAGCGUUUUUUUUCAAUGACUUGAACAAUCAGCGUUGUAUCAAAUUCAAACUCAAAGUAGACCGUAAAGCAACGCAGCGGGAAUUGAUUCUUCAUUGGAAUUGCUAGUGAUGAUCAUUUAUGAUCCUCAUCUUCUUCAUCUUGUACGUACUUAGAUGUACUGCUUCAUCUGGAGGAGCAGGUGCUAAAGAAAAACUGUGACUCAUUUAUUUGAUUCGAUGUUCUCUGCGCUUCCUUAUUGCGCUCCAAACAACAAGCCACCCUAAAUUAUUUGAUUGGUUCAGGACAGGAACUAAACUAAUUAUAUCUGGUCCUUUUGGAUUCAAUAUAGUUUUGGAUUUCUACUGUCAUUACCAGCAGAAUGUAUUGAUAUUACUAGGUUGUAGGUCUGGUUAUGCUGACUGGAUGAUGAUGAUGAUGAUGAUGGUGACAGUAGUCCGACCGUGCCACUGGUGCUCUGCUUGUUGUACAACAUCACAGUACACUUCUUCCUCUACCGCGGAGUAGCGUCUCAGGCCAACUUAAAGUUUGCGGCCUUGAUUUUAGUUACUUAUAUGAACUGUAUGACGGAUCAAGGUGCUCGAGCACUAAGAAUUUGAUGACGAUGAUGAUGAAUAUGAAUGCAUUUUUCUCUUUUUUGGGCUCUUCUGUAGUCGGUCGACGCAGCCUGUCCUUGGUACAGUGGGAGUUAUUCAUGCAAGAGGUGCUUAAUUGAAUAACCCUGACCCUCCUGCUGGCGUCCCCCCUUGAUUGAAUAACCCUGACCCUCCUGCUGGCGUCUCUGUCCGGGCUUUCUUUGUUUCCGCUUUCUUUCAUGAGUGACCCCAUGACUUUUGUUUUGUCUGACCCCCUCCGCCUUAUCCUCAUGAUCCUCUGAUAUUAGAAUGAUGGAUGCUCAGGCAGUCUCCCUCUAGGUAUUUCUUAGCAGUGCGAGCUUUUGCACUGUUCUCUCCGCUUCAAAGCUUAUUUGAUUCGUUCAGCCCCAUGAUUUAUCAAGACUUCACCGAGUACGCCGUAUUUCUUUCUUCAACACUGAGGUCUGCAGCGCAAACGACGACAAGGCGAACGCGGAAUCCGCGGCAGCACAAGCUACAGUAGAAAGGACGAAGCUUAAAACAGAGUUGAAGGAGCUUACCGAGGCCUUCAAAAACCAAGCUGCAGAACAUGCCACGGCAAAAGAAGCACACACGCGAGAAGUAAAACGAUUAGAAAGUCUUCUUGUCCUCUACUCAUGAGGAGAUCUUGCACUUGCAGAUGCAGGUCAACGAAAAAUCUCUGUCUUGCUCGUGACCAAACAUUUGAGGCGGAUCAUGUCUCUGCCGGUGCCGUUGUAGUUGUCAAGAUCCUCGAUUCAUCGGCAGGAUAUUGAUGUGUGUAUGUCGCACAUAGGAUUAGAAUUAGCGCAUCCCUUCGCAAAACCAAGAAACGUUG